GACGUCACCCCAGGUUACCGGGUCAUGCACAUGCGUUGUGGAGGAAUUGGAGAGGCUUGUGGCCAUCGUAUGCAGCGAGGUGAGAGAAAACCUGGACUGAGCAGAUCUUGAACAUCGGACAUCGUCAUAAUGGGGAAGAAACAGAAGAGUAAGACCGACGAGAGUGCAAAGGACGAUGUUGACCUUGAUGCUCUUGCUGCAGAGAUAGAAGGAGCUGGAUCUUCCAAGGACCAAAAAGCCAAAGGGAAAAAAAAGAAAGACAAGAAAAAGCAGGACUUUGAUGAAGACGAUAUUUUGAAAGAGUUGGAAGAGCUGUCCAUUGAAACUCAAGGAGGGAAAACCAAUAAGGACUCUGCACCUAAGGAGGCAGAAACUGAAGAUUUUGACGCUUUCCCUUCAAAGGAUAAGAAAAAGAAAUCAGGCCAGAAAGCUAAGCGAGCCAGUUUUGAGGACGACGAUGAUAAUGAAAAUAGUGAUGAUAUGGAAAGCAAAAAUACAAAGCCCAGAAAACCAGAAAAGAACAUCAAAAAUAUCUCAGAUAGUGAUGAUGAUAACGAUGAUGAAAGCUUUAAUAAGACAUCUAAGAAAGGCAAAGGCAAAAACGAGACCACUAAUAAAAAAGGGCGCAUUGCAGAAGAAGCUAUGGAUCGUGGUAAGGAGAAAGCAGACAUCCCUGGGGAUAGUGAUGAAGAUUCAGAUGAGUUCAGUCAGGGUAAGAAAGGCAAAAAGAAAGAACAGAAGCCCAAGCCUGCCCCUAAAGUAGAAAGCGAGGAGGAAGAGGGGGAGUUUAAAAUGAAGACCGCAGCGCAAAAAAAGGCUGAAAAGAAGGAACGUGAUCGUAAGAAAAAAGAGGAGGAAAAGGCCAAGCAGAGGAAACUAAAGGAGAAAGAUGAAACUGAGGGUGUUAAGAAAGAACCUGUAAAGGCUGAGGUUCCUGACAAGCCUGAUGAUGUGGCGGCUCCCCAAAAGGACAAAAAAGCAGAAGACGCAGCAGCAGUGGCUGAUGUGGACGAAGAUGAUGAUGGUGAUAAAAAGAAAAAGGACAAAAAGAAGAAAAAGGGUGAAAAGGAAGAAAAACCGAAAGAUAAGAAAAAGAAGGGUCCUAGUUUGGCCGUUGUGAAGUCCAUGCAGGAAGCUCUGGCUAAACUAAAAGAGGAGGAGGAGAGGCUUCAGAGGGAAGAGGAGGAGAGAAUUCAAAGACUAGAAGAGCUGGAAGCCAAGCGUAUCGAAGAGGAACGACUGGAGCAAGAAAGGAAAGAAAAGAAGAAGCUGAAAGAGAAGGAAAGAAAAGAGCGUUUAAAAAAAGAAGGAAAGCUGCUGACAAAAUCGCAGAAAGAUGCCCGGGCUCGUGCCUUGGCUACUCUGAAUUUCCUUCAAGCACAGGGUGUUGAAGUGCCAUCUAAGGAUGCUCUGCCAAGAAAGAAGCCUAUUUAUGAAGACAAAAAGAAAAAGAAGCAACAGCAGCAGACACUUAAUAAAGAAGAGCCAAUGGAAGCAAGCUCUCCAGUUGAAGAAGUUGCUGAAUCUCCAGUGCCAGAGAAAGAGGAGAUACUGUUGCCAGCAGAGCCUGUUGACUUUACAGAGACAUUUUGUGCGGCUGACAUAAAUCAGGAUAGUGACACAGAUAAAGAAGAAGCAGAGGAUGAUGCUGGUGUGGAUGACUGGGAAGCCAGAGUGAGUGAUGAAGAAGACGAGAAAGACACAAAGAAAGUCCACAUAGAAGUCCAGGAAAAAAGUAAUGAAGAGGAAGAUGAUGAUGAAGAGGAUGAAGAUGAUGAUGACGAUGAAGAGGAUGAAGAUGAUGAAGAGGAAGAAGAAGGGCAGAGCAGUGAGGAUGAGAAAUCUUCAGAUGAAAAGCCAGUAGAAUCUCAGCCUGUGGCUUCCAAAGCAGCAGAGAAGAGGCCAGUGAAAGAACAGAGUUCAGAUUCGGAGUCUGAAUCUGAUGAUGAUCGCACCAAAGAGGAGCAGGCCUAUGAUAAAGCCAAGAAGAGAAUUGAGAAACGACGUAUCGACAACCAGAAAACUAUAAAUUACCAAGUCCUGCGCGCACCAGUCAUUUGUGUGCUUGGCCACGUAGAUACUGGGAAGACCAAAAUUCUAGACAAGCUGCGUCAUACUCAUGUACAAGAUGGUGAAGCUGGUGGCAUCACUCAGCAAAUUGGAGCAACAAAUGUCCCUCUGGAUGCUUUAAAGGAUCAGACUAAAAUGGUUAAAAAUUUUGACAGGGAUAACAUAAAGAUUCCAGGAAUGCUGAUCAUUGACACUCCCGGCCACGAGUCUUUCAGUAACCUGAGGAACCGUGGAAGCUCGUUGUGUGACAUUGCCAUCCUUGUGGUGGACAUCAUGCAUGGGCUGGAGCCACAGACCAUUGAAUCUUUAAAUUUACUGAAGAAUAAGAAGUGUCCUUUCAUCGUGGCUUUAAACAAAAUUGACAGAUUAUAUGAUUGGAAGAAGAGCCCAGAGACAGAUGUUGCUGCCACAUUAAAGAAACAAAAGAAAAAUACAAAAGAUGAGUUUGAAGAGCGCACAAAGUCCAUCAUUGUUGAGUUUGCACAACAGGGCUUGAACGCAGCUUUAUUUUAUGAGAAUAAAGACCCCCGCACGUUUGUGUCUAUGGUUCCUACCUCUGCUCAUUCUGGAGAUGGUAUGGGGAAUCUGAUCCACCUUCUGGUGGAGCUCACACAGAGCAUGCUUGGUAAAAGACUGGCUCAUUCAGAAGAGCUGAGAGCCCAAGUAAUGGAGGUUAAAGCGCUGCCAGGCAUGGGGACAACCAUUGAUGUCAUCCUUAUCAAUGGUCGGCUAAAAGAAGGUGACACCAUUAUUGUUCCAGGUGUGGAGGGGCCAAUUGUAACACAAAUCCGUGGCCUUCUUCUGCCUCCUCCAAUGAAAGAGUUGCGAGUAAAGAAUCAAUAUGAGAAACAUAAAGAAGUGCCAGCAGCUCAGGGAGUGAAGAUUCUUGGUAAGGACUUGGAGAAAACCUUGGCUGGUUUACCGCUGUUGGUUGCUCACAAGGAAGAUGAAAUCCCGGUGCUGAGAGAUGAGCUCAUCCAUGAGUUGAAACAGACAUUGAAUGCCAUCAAGUUGGAAGAAAAAGGUGUUUAUGUGCAAGCAUCUACACUGGGCUCUUUGGAGGCCCUGCUUGAAUUCCUGAAGACCUCAGAAGUGCCAUAUGCUGGAAUUAAUAUCGGACCCGUUCAUAAAAAGGACAUCAUGAAAGCUUCUGUGAUGCUGGAGCAUGAUCCUCAGUAUGCUGUCAUUCUAGCUUUCGAUGUGCGCAUUGAGAGAGAAGCUCAGGAAAUGGCGGAUAGUUUAGGUGUGCGGGUAUUUAGUGCUGAAAUCAUCUACCAUUUGUUUGACGCCUUUACAAAAUACAGGCAAGAUUACAAGAAACAGAAGCAGGAGGAGUUUAAGCACAUAGCUGUGUUUCCAUGUAAAAUUAGAAUUCUUCCUCAAUUUAUUUUUAAUUCCCGAGAUCCCAUUGUCAUGGGAGUGAUUAUAGAAGCUGGACAAGUCAAACAAGGAACCCCAAUAUGUGUACCAAGUAAAGGUUUUGUAGACAUUGGCAUCAUAACUAGUAUUGAAAUCAACCACAAAACUGUAGAUGUGGCAAAAAAGGGCCAAGAAGUGUGUAUCAAAAUAGAGCCUAUCCCUGGAGAUUCUCCGAAAAUGUUUGGCCGACACUUUGAGGCAACAGACCAUCUUGUAAGCAAGAUCAACCGGCAAUCAAUUGAUGCUUUGAAAAACUGGUUUAGAGAUGAAAUGCAGAAAUCAGACUGGCAACUCAUAGUUGAAUUGAAAAAAGUGUUUGAAAUCAUAUAAUGCUUUUAAAUGCUGGAACUUCCUUAAGCUGAUGUGAUAAUUUUGUAAAGAAAUGAAGAUGGAAGAGGGGAGAAACCAGGGAUUGAACCUGUGUUUUGGAAGGAAAAAAAAGUAGUUUUAAAUUGUUUUCCAUGGGAAACCAAGAAUUUACACUGGUUUGACAGUGCUCAGUUUUACACCCCCUCCCUCCCUCCCCCCCCCCCUUACAGUUCCAAUGUGCCUGCCCACUAUCUCUCCACAACACUCGGAUAACUGGCUUCUGUUUUAAACGAUUGGCUCCGUUUUUUUACUUGCAAGAUUCGCACUGCAGCAUUUGACUUUGCUGCGUAGAAUUUUGUAUCACUUUAAUGUAAAAACAAUGAAUUGAAUGCAUUAUUUAUGCAGUUUGUUUGCCCUGGCACUGUAUGUGUUCAUUGUUCCCUUGUGCCUACAGAUUUUUUUUUUUUUUUUAAUAUCAUUUCAUGAAAUCUCUUUCUGCUUUAUGUAAAAUGAUGAUGUAAAUUGUGCUUUGGGCAGCAUUUUGGUUGACACAACAAAGUUCCAAUGUAAUCCUCACACAGAGCCAGAAAUAAAAAAGUAAAUGGACAAUGUUAUUUGUCUUGAUAUAAUUGGAUGUAAUUUUAUUCAUUCUGUGCAGCAUUCAUUGGGGCUUACUUUUGGUCAUGUUACAAUAAAUCUAUUUUAUGUGCAUUUAA